UCAUCUCGACCUCCCAUCUGCUGAUAUCGCCGUGAGGGGUCGACCUGGCGGGUCACACUGGGAGGAGGGGGUCCGGCCCUCUCCGGCAUGCAUAGAUGGCAUCACUACGCCGAACCAUAGGCCACCAAUAACCAGUAGACGAAUAACAAAGCUUCAAGAUGUCAAAGGAGACACCCACGACCAAGGAGACGCUCACGGCCAAGGAAAAGUACCAGGCUGUCAUCGGCGACGCCGGGAGGGGCGACUUCGUGUGUCGGACGAACCGCAUCGGCGCCACGCGCUACCCUUCGAGCGGCGAUUGCCAGGCCGUCAACAACGUCUACGGGCCGCAGCGCCGCCGGAGCAGCGCCGCGUCGGGAGGAGGGGCCAGCCGCAUGCGGGAUAGGAUCAGGAACAUGCUGAAUCAACCGGCUUGCUGAGUGACUACCACCCCUCCCUCUGUCGGGGCCUGUCCAUGUUAUCUUUUUUUUUUUAUAAUUUAAAUCACAAGGGGACGUAGUCACGUUGAUCGAUAGGCGAUGGUGUGAACGAUGGUAUGAGGCUCGGUUCGCGAGAGAGAGCGGAUGACGCUUCUUCGUCGCACGGCUCUCUCCUAUUCAAAAGCUGGGUAUAUAUAUGCCUGUCUAACC